ACUUAAUGUCUGGAAUUGUCUCUGCCUUUAUUCUAGAUGUUUGAAAAAGAUAAGACAGUGGAGUAGCAUGUUGCUGCCCCUAUCCCCACCCCCACCCAUACGCCACCUCUGUUCACCAAACGUUACUCGCCCAAACAGCAAAUUUGUUAUCCCUUCUUUCUAUCAAUGCCGUCAGGACAUGUGUAAUGGAGCGCACACGGGAGGCAAAGAAGGAAGAAAGCACACGAGAGCCUAGCCUGUCUUCUUCCGGAGCGCAUCUUUUUUCGCGGGGCAACACACUGUGCCAGGCAAGGUACGAGCGAUUGCGCGAGGCCAGUAAUUCGAACAGGACCAGCGGCGAGGAAUGGAAUGUGGAUAGAUGGAUACCGACGGAAAGAUCAGUGCUGCAUUUUUAUGACCGUUCUAGUCAUACGAACAAGUAAUCGUGUAGAACAUGACUGUGCGCUGAGCUGUAUUUAAAGGCUACCGUUUAUCUUAGACGUGAAAGCGGCAUCUACCAUUUUAAGUCUUAAAUAAAAUGAAUUUCCCAGCACUUUCAAAGAACUGCAUUGCGUAGGAUAUUUGAGAAGUUGAAGAAGGGGGUGUAGGACUAACGUCGCAGACCUAACCAUCGCCUUUAACAAGCACGCAGCACCAAGAAACCGAUAUUCACACAAGUGGAAGGGACACCCCUGGAAGAACUGGUCUCGCGCACUUCUCACCGCUGUGAGUCAAUAUGAAUUUUGCUGUCUGAAUGAAUUGACUACGCUCAAUAUAUACAAUUAAAACGAACUGGUGGAUUACGCAUUGCUUAACAUGAGCAGAUGACACAACAGAUAUAGAACAAAUGAAAUACACAAAGUUGUAUUUAUGCAUUGAGUCGUUCAAAGCAAGCAAUCGGGACUCACGGGCAGUCUGCGGCUGGUAUGGAACAGCGAUGCGCUGACGAGAUCUAAGAAAACCCGAACUCGGGCUUGUUUUCUUUUGGUGUAAUUAAUUACAUUAUUUAAACAUAUGAAUUGACCUUUCUCUUCAAGGGGAGUGUCCGGUGAUUAUGUAGCAAUGAAACAGCAAGGAUGUAAUGGCUCAUUCAGUAAUGUUAGCGGCAUGUCUGUGAAUAGGCUAUAGCCUGUAGGGUCUGUCUCAGAUAUGAAAUCUGCAGCGACAUGACUGCUAAUAUGACAUCCUUGUAAACUUAAAGAAGAAUACUAUUGCAGUAUGCUGGUUCAUAAUCCUGAGCACUAAAUUGUGCCAUUUGAGAGGCCUAUUUAAAAUAGAGUUACGUAUCACUGGUCCGUACUCGGAAGUCACGUUAUUGUUCUGUUAUGGAGAGAACACGCAUUUGAAAUCAGGGCAGCAUUUGUUCACCGUAUAUUUCAACUGAACAACCUAUGCGCUGAUUAAGCUUUUUGCACAUCUUUCACAGCGGGCCAAGGUGUCAACAACCUGUCCGAUUCUCUUGUGAGAUGUUUUGGUUUCGUUUUAUUUUAAUCGAAUCAAGACCAGACGAGAACAGUGUACUGAAUAAUCAAUAGCAGUUAUCGCAGUCUCAAAAAGCCCAUAGACUAUGGUGUUACAACAUGCAGUUUCCUAGUAGCCUAUGCCAAUUUUAUGUCAGAAUGUAGAGGACCAUGCCGUGAGUUAUGGCUAGUGGUGCCGCUUGACCUGGGGAAAUUUGAGUCAAACAGUUCCCUCACCGACCAUAGCAUGUCAUAUUUUCUGGUAUAAAAUGACUUCCUAUGGUUGAGGCCCCCAAUGGUUGUGACCCAGCAGUGGGAGAGGCUUCGAACCCGCAGUUUCUUCCUCGCCCCUCCGCUGUGGAUCUACUCUAGGAUGUUGCGGCAGGUCUUUCACGAAGUGCUGAGGACGUCUUUCUACAAGCUCGGUCACUUUGUCGCCAACCACCCGGUAUUCUUCGCAACCGCCCCCGUGCUCAUCUCUAUUCUGCUGGGCGCCAGCUUCAGUCGCUACCGUAUUGAAGAAAACGUGGAGUACCUGCUGGCUCCAAAACACAGUCUGGCCAAAAUAGAGGGCAACUUGGUGGACAGUCUAUUUCCCAUCAACAAAUCCAAGCACACGCUGUACUCCGACCUACAGACGCCUGGGAGGUACGGCAGGGUGAUCGUCACGUCGGGUCGGGGGAGUGUUCUGGACCAGCACCACAUCGAUGUCGUACUGAAGCUCCACAACACCAUCACCAAAAUCCAGGUGCACAUGCUGGGCUUCAACUACUCCUUCGUACACCUCUGCCUUCUGGAUGACCACAAGAGCUGCAUUGUAGAUGACAUCCUGCGCGUGCUAGAGGAGCUGCGGGCCGCACGUGCCUCCAACCGCUCCGCGCCUCCAGUGCGCUACCCUAUUGCCAGGCUGCAGGAUGGGCGACAGACCUACAUCGGGCACCAGCUGGGCGGGGUGCUGGCGGCGGGCCGGGAGGGCGUGCGCUAUGCGCGGGCUCUGCAGCUCAGCUACUACCUGCAGGCGCUCAGCCCGCUCAAUGACAUGAUGGCGGCUCGCUGGGAGGUGCAGUUCUGCCUGGCGCUAGAGCGCUACCGCAAGGCGCACCCCGAGAUUGGUGUGUACCCCUUCACCUCCUCCUCACCGCAGCAUGACUUCCAGAGAACCAGCAAGGUGUCAGAGCACUCCCUUUUGGUCUGCCUGUUGUUGUGCAUCUCGCUGGCAGUGCUGUGCUGCACCAUGCGGGACUGCGUGCGGACUAAGCCCUGGCUCGGCCUCCUGGCACUGCUCAGCAUCAGCCUGGCCACACUCACCUCGGCCGGCAUCAUCAACCUAUCGGGCGGCAAGUACAACUCCACCUUCCUGGGGAUCCCCUUCAUCAUGUUGGGUCAUGGGCUGCUUGGCACCUUUGAGAUGCUGUCAUCAUGGCGACGAACGAGGGUGGACCAGCACGUGAAAGAGCGUGUAGCAGCAGUGUUCUCAGACUGCAUGCUGCCCUUCACCGCCAGCACAGCCUUGUACCUGGUCACCUUCGGCAUUGGUGCCAGCCCUUUCACCAACAUUGAGGCUGUGCGCCUCUUCUGCCGCACCACUUGCAUCUCCGUGUUCUUCAACUACCUCUACGUCCUCUCCUUUUAUGGUUCCAAUCUAGUCUUUACAGGCUACCUGGAGAAUAACUACCAGCACAGCCUGUUCUGUAGGAAGGUGCCUAAGCCCGAACUGCUGCAGCAGAAGCCGGCCUGGUACCGUUUUCUCAUGUACACCCAGUACAAUGAGGAGACAGGUGAGCCAGGUGAUCUGCAUGCCUAUGAGAGCCACUUGCUGGUGGCCUUCAUGAAGCGGUAUUACUGCGACUGGAUCACCAACACUUAUGUCAAGCCCUUUGUGGUCCUGGUUUACCUAGUCUAUAUCUCAUUUGCUCUGAUGGGCUACCUGCAGGUGACCGAGGGCUCAGACAUUGGCAACGUGGUUGCCACAGAGACCAACACCAUUGUUUACACCCGGGCCCAGCAGCGCUACUUUAGUAACUACAGCCCCGUCAUUGGCUUCUACAUCUACGAAUCCAUCGAGUACUGGAAUGCCAGUGUGCAGGAGGACGUGCUGGAGUAUACUAAGGGCUUUGAGAGGAUCUCCUGGUUCGAGAGCUACCUGAGCUACCUGCGGAGCAUCAAUGUGAGCACCAGCCUGCCCAAACAUGACUUCACUGAGCACCUGCGCCAUGGCUUCCUACGCCUGCCACAGUUCCUGCAUUUCUCUGAUGACAUAAUCUUCAUCAAGCGCACCGACGGUGAGGUGGAUGUUGUGGCCUCUCGCAUGUUCCUGGUGGCCAAGACCACAGAGAACAAACGGGAGGAGAUGUACGUCCUGCUGGACACAUUGCGGAAACUCUCACUUACCUCCCGGGUUAAGUUCAUUGUCUUCAACCCUUCCUUCAUCUACAUGGACCGGUAUGCCUCUUCGGUGGGCGCCCCGCUUAAGAACUCCUGCAUCUCCACCCUCUUCCUCCUCUUCUUCUCUGCCUUCCUAGUAGCUGACCCACUGGUCAACGUGUGGCUGACAGUGACGGUGGCCUCGGUGGAGUUUGGUGUGAUCGGCUUCAUGACGCUGUGGCGGGUAGAGCUGGAUUGCAUCUCGGUUCUGUGCCUGAUCUAUGGGAUCAACCAUGCCGUGGACUGGUGCAUGCCACUGGUGUCGGCUUUCGCACUGGGUCAGGACUACACGCGCACUCAAUGGGUGAAGCUGACACUGGAGAGGCACGGUGUGCCCGUGCUGCAGAGCUACGCCUGCUACAGCGUCGCCCUGCUGCCACUGGCUGCUGUGCCGUCCAACCUCACUCGCACACUCUUCAGGUGCCUCUUUCUCACCGCACACAUCACUGCCUUCCACUGUCUGGCUGUCCUGCCCAUCCUACUUACCUUCCUGCCACCGUCCAAGAAGAAGAGGAAAGAACGGCAGGCAGGUGACGGACGAGAGGAGAUUGAGUGCGUGGAGAUGGCAGACAGCACCCAUGUGGUCGACCAGAUCACCACGGUCUGACCUUGGGGAAAUGGCUGCUGGCUGCAGUCAACUGGGUCAACACAGUCCAAAACUGAAAUGGGACCACACAGUUGACCAGAUUACUGCAAUCUGACAUAAAUGGUCAGGUAUUAGUCAACUAGGUCAUGUGUAGUCUUACAGAGAAAGAGCUUGUGCUGAUGACCAGAUCACUGCAGUCUCACCUGAGAUAGGGUGACGCUGUUGACCAGAUCACAACGGUCUGGCACAGAUGGGCUUUGGAAGGUCAACCACAUCACUGUGGUAAAUCAAGAACAGGACAAUCAGGUAUCUAUGGUUUGACAGUGACAUGAUAAAUGUAACCAGAUUAUUAAGAUCUGACCAAGGUGGGCCAAAUCAAACAUGGUUAAACAUGUCAGACUGAGAUUAACAUGCAUGGUCAACUAGGUACCCUUUUUUGUUUGAGAGAGACAUUCAGGCAAUGAGGGGGUUGAGGGAUUGACGGGAAGGAUCAGAGUCAGGAUAGAGAUAGAGGGAGGCAGGGACAGGGUGUCUGAUGAUCCAGAGAUUCCAGCUGAGCAAUUUUGCUGAGUUCAGCACAAAUGUAAAAAUAUCUGCUGCCAUUGGGGGAGGACCCAAUGGAAUAGCUGGUGGGUGCCUGGUAGGGUUGGGUAUCAAGAACCGGAUCCAAGUUGGAACCGGUUCCAAAUUUCCAAGAACCGUGGAUUCGAUAAAACCCGUGCAUUUCGAUUCUGCUUCGGUUCCUAACUUUUGCAUAUUUCAGUCGUGCUCCUGAGUGAACCGCAGUGAGCAUUUUACAGUCCAUAAAAUUUGCAGGGCCUGCUACGUGGACCUAAUGUCACGUAAUUUGUUACGCAGUACGUCAACAAGGUAUGUGAGAAGAGACACUUCUGUUUACAUCCUGGACCAUAGCUGACUGCAACAAACGCUCGAAAGUUUGGUUUAGCUAGACUAAAAAAGAUAACAACACCGCAUUAUGACGAAGCAUUUACUUCAACAAGGUGUGAAUCUUAAGGAAUGCACUGUGUUCGAUGUGUUGCGGUCUCCCAGCCACAAUAACGCCCCAGAUACAAGGAAUGUUAACAGUAGAAACGUCUCACGCUCAGGUACAAAACACAGAUGAGCUGACAUUCGCCUUUUAUAUUGAAAGUAAACGAAUGAUGUCUACAAAUUAUGUAAAGAAUAAACCACAACGGGCUGUCCCGUUAUUGGAAAAUAAUGUAUGACGGGGGUGGUGAUGCGGUCGAGGCGAAGCCAAGGUCACUUGACCACCACCGACAGACAUUAUUUUCCAAUCACGGGACAGCCCGGAGGGGUUUAUUCCACUUAUACAGGUUACCAACAAUGACUAUAUAUGGUUACUUUAAUAUUUAUUGAUUUUUAUCAACUGAAUCACCUGAAAGUGAA